CAAGAAUUGGUGGGCAAAGGAACGACAACUCCAGCAUCAGAGAGCACGGUCGAGCGCGAUCCCAGCAUUGCGAGGGAAGGACGGGAAUUGGGUCAGGGAGCCAAGCGAGAAAGCGGAAUCCGUUUUGGACGCUCUCGUGGAAGACAGUGCCACUGGCCCUGACCUGCUACCAACGAGAAUUCUCAAGCGAUGCGCAACAUCACUUGCGCUUCAGUAUUUCUGCUUAGCUCAGCGAUCAGAUCCAAGGGAGUAUGGCCUGCCAAUUGGGGGAUCCAUUGGAUUGCUGCCAUUUACAAGAAAAAGGCUGUGUACGACCCGGACAACUACCGAGGAGUGCACCUCACCGCUCAGCUCGCGAAGGUCAUGGAAAGAUUAUUGAAGCCUGCACUGCUUCCCGUACUCAUGUCUGAGGCCAGCAUCGGUAGCAACCAGUUCGCGUACAGCCACGGAAGGGGUGCGAGGGACGCAUUGGCAUUUCUCGUACUGUCAUGGCUGACGGCUUUCCGGUCGAAGUCAAAGAUUGCUCUUUACAUGUCGGAUGUGUCCGCUGCGUUCGACAGAGUUUUUGUUAACCGGCUAUUGCAAAAGCUAGCCGCGAGAGGGGUGCCGCCAGAAAAUCUGGAACUGUUCAAGUCGUGGUUGAGCGUCAGACGGGCUCAAGUGGUGGUCGAAGGCGGGAAGUCCAGGGAGCUGUUGUUAGACGACAUGGUAUUCCAGGGGACAGUUUGGGGGCCAAUGCUGUGGAACGUAUUUUACGCGGACUCCUCGGAACCAAUCCGGAAGAUGCAAUUCACCGAAAUUGUUUUUGCCGACGAUCUGAAUGCGUUCAAAGAGUACGGCGGUGAAGUCACGAACAGUGAAAUUCUUGUAGACGUCGAUUCUUGUCAACGAGAGCUCCACAAGUGGGGCAAAGCCAAUGAAGUUACAUUUGACGCUGGGAAGGAAUCGAAACACAUUUUAUCCAGAAAGCAUCCACGUGGGACCUCGUUUGUAUUGUUGGGAGUGGCUUUCGAUACGAAGCUUCUUAUGACAGAUUCUGUUUUCGGAUUGGCAAAGGACUGUAGGUGGAAGCUGAAAGCAAUUCUCAGGACGUGCAAGUACAAUACGAGCGGUCAUUUGGUCAUUUUGUACAAAGCCCAGUUGCUGUCGUUCAUUGAGUACAGAACUGCUGCAAUAUACCAUGCAUGCAGGACGUCACUAGAAUCUCUGGACCACGUACAAGACAAGCUUGUUGCAGCUGUUGGCGCCACCCCGGAGGAGGCUCUGAUAUCUCUCCGGCUCGCGCCUUUGUCGUCUCGGAGAGACAUGGCGAUGCUGGGUCUGAUCCACCGCGCAGUCUUGGGAAGCGGACCGGCGCACUUUAGACAGUUUUUCAAGAUUGACACAAGGUCGUCAGCACGUCGUGAAGGAAGACACCGUUUACAAUUGGUAGAGUAUUCCGACGGUCACUGGAGUGAUUUUGUUCUGCCAAACUCGCGCCCAGCGGAUUACAUCAAACAUUCUUUACUUGGUCUUGUCACUAUCUCUAACAGACUUCCGCCAUGGAUCGUGGAGUCAUCGAGCAGUGUAUCGCAGUUUCAACAGGCCUUGCAAAGUUUGUUGACGAACGCUGCGGGGACGAGGACGCUGGACUGGAAGAACACAUUCAGCCCGAGAGUGCCUUGGCACAGGCAUCCGCUGCAGGUAUAUUUAUGAAUUCGUGAACGUGGUCAUGUACAAGCUGGCGGGGGCGACCUCCCGCGAGGGGGGGCGGCGACCGGAAAACGCCACCUCUGUCACUUCAUGCAGAUAUCAUGCC